UCUUCGGCCACACCCUCAAUUACCAAACGAUUAACCAACAGCUUUGUGCAUCGGAUCCCCCCAUAAUGAUCUUUCCAACGGCACUAUGACAGCUUUGCGUCUCCCAGUUGAGCUCAUCGAACAGAUUGUGGGCCACCUUGACUGUGCAAGUGAUAUCAAUGCCCUCGCUCGUACUCAUGGAACUUUCUACCGCGUCGUGAAUCGAAUGCUGUACCGACAUGACGUGCACAAUAACAACAGCUCUGCAUUACCCUGGGGAAUUGAGCACAGAUGCCUCGUAACUGUGCAGAAAUCUCUGGAGGCCGGUGCGUCGGCGAACGAGUGUGAUCGGGACACACUCUGGCGACCCAUGGCGUUGGCGGUGAUAGAGGGCGAUGAAACCAUUGUCCGGUAUCUGUAUGAGCAGGGCGGAGUCGACAUCCGUCACACACGUAGGUGGCUCAAUCCGCGCCAUGAGGCGUAUGAAAAAAGUUCUGGAAGUCUGUUGUUGCUGGCCGCCGUACAUGGCCAUGAAGCCCUGGUCCGCUUCUUCAUGGAUCACCUGCCGCGGCCGUACCAUGUCGAUUACCCUGCCGACCCGGACGGACGAACACCCCUUAUGGAAGCUGCUGCGGGGGGACAUUUAGCCAUUGUGCGGUGGCUGGUCGAUGCCGGAGCAGACAUCCACGCCCGGGAUCAUGAAAAAUGGACCCCCCUCUUGCUAUCUGCGCGCGAGGGCCAUCUUGAGGUCAUGCAGUUCCUGCUCCAACGGGGAGCUGAUCCUAGUAUUCCCAUGGAACCGGACGGAUGCUUCGCCCUGUGUUGGGCAGCGCGCCUGAGUCACUUCGAAUGUGUCCGGUGUCUGCUCGAUGCGGGCGUGCUGGACCAGUUAACCCGCUGCCAAGGCUCAGAUUUGCCGUCGUCCCAUCAUGUUACGAUGUGUCCCCUCAAGUCAAACGCACAAUUUAAAUGCGACAACGUAGUUGAUCUUCUCUUCGGACGAUGGGAUUACCUGGCUAGCACCGUUGAGCUCGCACAGGACGGUUAUCCAGCAUUAAGACAUGCCAUCCCCUUCGAGGGCAUAUUCCGUCACCUGCUUGCCGCCGGGGCUGAUCCUACCGCCGUAGACCGCCCCGGUGAUCCUUUACCCGCCAUCGUUCUGGCAUCAGGUCGCACUGCAUUAGUCCAGAUGAUGAUCGAUAAGGGAAUCGAUCUGCCGUGCCAUAUGGACCUGGCCAAUUUUCUUCACCAAGCCAUCCGCGGGGGGCCGGCGGUUCUCGAUCUGCUCGUCCGGACGGGGAGAUGGAAUAGCUACAUCUUCCCAGAGCACUUGGACAAAACCGCAUGCGAGCAGGCCCUCGUGAUCGCGGCUUCUACGGGGAAGAUUGAGACACUUCAGUGGCUGCUAGACAGAGGCUUUUCGGUGGCUCAGUUGUCGCCCACUGUCAACUUGAUCGCUGAAGCAGCAUGUACAGCUGCAUCCGAUGCAGACGCCACCGAAACCAUCGAUCUGCUGCUUCAACACGGCUUGGAUAUAAACAAACGCAUCCAAAAAAACGUUGACUGCGAGACAGCAUUAGCACACGUGGCCUAUCACUACAAUCUGCAUAUGGAUAGCGACACCGGCCGCGUUCGCCUGCGCAUGCUGGUCGAUCGCGGCGCCUAUCUCCUGCCACCGCGCAGCCCUUCCGAGCGAUACAAUCCUUAUACAUCCACUACUGCAGUUUGUGUUGGUGUGAGCUCUGUGUUGGAUGAGAUGAUAUUUCAGGAGAUGGAAGCCCGGCGUGAGACGUGGAUAGCGGUGGAAUGGCUCUUCCAGCGCGCUGAGCUCCAUGCGCGUGACCGCUGGGAUUGGGAGGGGGUUAAGAUGAUAAAACGGUAUUCGUGGAGGGUGCGGUAUCCUGUACCUAAAUGAUAUGAUACUAGUACAUUAAACUGUCACGACCGCAUUUAUUUUUUUCUAUGAUUAACACUACCAAUAUUUCCUACGUCAAGGGGUCUAUAAAAUGGUUAUAGAUAUGCACAGGAUACAUUCAGCCGGAUCUCACGCACUAGUGCUCGCCAUCUUUCUCAUUUGCGACUAGUAUCCUCAAGGCUCUGU